AUGGGAGGCUGUCUAUUCUAUGGCCCUCCAGGGACGGGAAAGACACUGCUUGCUCGUGCACUUGCUAAUGAAUGCAGUCAAGGUAACACGAGAGUAACCUUUUUUAUGAAAAAAGGUGCUGAGUGCCUGAGUAAAUGGAUAGGAGAAUCUGAACGACAGCUUCGUUUAUUAUUUGAGCAGGCCUACAAUAUGCGACCUUCAAUUAUUUUCUUUGAUGAGAUUGAUGCUUUGGCUCCUGUACGGUCUGAUAAACAAGACCAAAUUCAUAGCUCUGUUGUGGGGACACUUCUGUCGCUUAUGGAUGGCUUAGCCAGCAGAGGAGAGGUUGUGGUAAUAGGAGCCACCAACAGACUGGAUUCUAUAGAUCCUGCUUUACGAAGACCUGGGCGCUUUGAACGAGAAUUCCGCUUCAGUUUGCCAAACAAAGAGGCAAGAAAAGAAAUUUUCAAAAUUCACACGCGCGACUGGAACCCAAAGCCGUCAGACAACUUACUUGAAGUGCUGGCUGAAGAAUGUGUUGGAUACUGUGGUGCUGAUAUUAAAGCCUUAUGUGCUGAAACUGGUCUCUGUGCUCUGCGGCAUCGCUAUCCUCAGCUAUAUCAAAGCAGAGAGAGACUGCAGAUAAACAUGGAUUCAGUUAAAAUAAAAGCAAAUUAUUUUUCCAUGGCCAUGAUGAAGACUGUUCCAGCUUCACAGAGGGUUGUGCCUUCUCCUGGGAGAGCUCUAUCAGCUAUUUCAAAGCCACUGUUAGAAAACACAUUGGAAAGGAUUUUACAAACCUUGCAGAGAGUAUUUCCCCACGCAGAGCUUGCACUAAAGAGGGAUCAACAUCAAGGAAAUUAUGUGGUUGACAGUGAUGAGGAGUCACCAUCAAUCUCUGAAGAGAAGCCGAAUCAUGAAACACCUGAUUGCAAAAAGGCAGAAUUCCGCAAUUUCAGCAGAAAUCCUCGUGACCAUCCAACAUCUUACAGGCCACGGUUCUUACUAAUUGAAGAGCCAGGAUCUGGGCAAGCUUCUGAUUUGGCAGCUGCAGUAAUACAUUCUCUGGAAAAGUUUCCAAUUUAUACACUAGAUACACCAACUUUGUUUGCUAGCACAUCACCAGAUGAAACAUGUGUACAGUUGAUGCGAGAAGCUCAAAGAUCAGCACCGAGUAUCCUAUAUGUCCCACAAAUUCCCUCAUGGUGGGACACUGUUGGACCUACACUGAGAUCUGUUUUUAUAGCACUACUGCAGAGCAUCCCAAGGUUUACUCCAGUUUUACUCCUUGCAACAUCUAAUGUACAACUGAGAGAUCUCCCAGAAGAGAUAAAAGCAUUGUUUAAUAAUGAAUAUGAAGAAGUUUUCAGAAUCCCCCGUCCUACCUGUGUUGAGAGAAGACAUUUUUUUGAGGACUUAGUUAUGAAGCAAGCUGCUCAACCUCCUGCAUUAAAAAACAAGACAACUUGCCAGCCUUUGGAAGUCCUGCCUGUAGCACCAUCACCACCACCUCGAAAGCUGACAGAAGAAGAAAUCAGACAGAUAGAAGAGCAGGAAGAGGAUACAUUGUGUGAACUUAGGAUUUAUUUAAGAGAUGUGGCUGAAAGACUUGUCAUUGACAAACGUUUCAAAGCAUUUACAAAGCCCAUUGACCCAGAGGAGGUUAUUAUUGACUUAUAAUACCAUUAUAACUGUGUGUAUUCAUAAUUCCUCUGUGUUUAUGUUUCUUGGUGGUUUUGUGCUCUUUCUUGGAAGGUUUAUCUUUGGUGCUAGGACUGUACUAUUCUAAUUUUCCAAGAAGGAAGUGAAUUUUGCUUUUACUUGACUCCUUGAGGUUCUCAAAUGUUUAUUAUUUGAGUAUUCAUUGAGAGCAAUAUGUUCUUUCUAAAAGGUCUUUAAAACUUUAGAUUAUUUUAGUUAGAAGUGAUCUACAAGGAUGAUCUAGUCCAAGUGCCAGUUACACCAAAUGUCAACACAAUUUGCCUGUGGAAGGGCUUGGAUACAUAGAUGUGGUACAGCACUAAAAAGC